CCAUGUUUUACAUAUUUUCUGAUCUUGUUUGUUUUCGCGUGAGCCUAGGUUUCUUGUUUUGGUGCUUUUUUUUUGUUUGAUUGCCAUGUCUGGACGUGGUAAGCAGGGCGGUAAAGCUCGCGCCAAAGCGAAAUCCCGCUCUUCUCGCGCUGGUCUCCAGUUCCCCGUGGGCCGCGUGCACCGCCUGCUCCGCAAGGGCAACUACGCCGAGCGGGUCGGGGCCGGCGCGCCGGUCUACCUGGCGGCAGUGCUGGAGUACCUGACCGCCGAGAUCCUGGAGCUGGCGGGCAACGCGGCCCGCGACAACAAGAAGACCCGCAUCAUCCCGCGCCACCUGCAGCUGGCCAUCCGCAACGACGAGGAGCUCAACAAGCUGCUGGGCCGGGUGACAAUUGCUCAGGGCGGCGUCCUGCCCAACAUCCAGGCCGUGCUGCUGCCCAAGAAGACCGAGAGCCACCACAAGGCCAAGGGAAAGUGAUUUCAUAGGUGUCUGAACUUCCGGAAACUAUCAAACCCAAAGGCUCUUUUCAGAGCCCCCCCUACCGUUUCAAAGGAAGAGCUAACCUCACUGCUUGUAGGUACUAGGAAAAGUGCUAAGAUCUAAGAGGCUUGGAACAGAAAAAUUUUCUCAUACUUUUGGAGCCUGGAAGUUUAAGAUCAAGGUGCCAACAUAGUUUCUGAGCAGAAUGCAGCACACAAGUGUCCCUGGGAUAGAAAACCCGACUGAUCAGAGACCACUGCUUGAUGAAAAUGUCUUUGAUUACAACUCUAUGCUCAGAGAUUAUCUUCUAAUUUGUAUCUUUGUCUCCACACCAGAAAGUAAUGCAAUAAAAACCUCUCUGAUACUUAUUUUUAAUAUAAAAUGUCUUUUUAACUAUAAUUUGAUAAAGUAAUGGUAUGGUUUAUAAACCUCUCUCAUGUGAAUUUAGGUUUGAAUAAUCAAAGUAAUAGAUAUUCUUACCAUGUGCCAGACAUUGUUAUAAGCACUUCAAAAAUAUUAUCUAAUCCUAGCAACAAUCCUACUAAAGUAGAUAAUAGUUGCCAUCGUGAAGUUUUUUGUCAAAUUACAUAACUCCUCAAAUCUUGGUGGAUAAUAACAAGAAGGGUUAUUUCGGGCUCAAAUUCUAUUUCUGUUUGGAUCAGCAAUGGCUCUGAAACAUAUCUUCUUCAUAGCGAGAUCCAGGCUGAGAGAAAUUGACAUAAAGGGAUCUCAUUAUGUUCAAAGAUUCUGCAGGAAAGUGGACACAUUCUAUUUCUACUCAUAUUUUAUUGAGUAGAAGCAAAGCAGCUCACAUGUAAAGACUGAUAUGCAGGUAGUAGGAAAGAGUGCUCCUGAUAUGGAGAGGAAUAUUAUAAACCCAUGUCAAUGGGCAAGAAUAUAUAAUACUGCCAAAAAGGGAGGCAAAAACAUGGGAGCAAUAGUACAAUUUACUGCAAUAUUCCUGUCCAAAUUUUAGGCUUGAGAAAAUUGAGAAAUAGAGUGUAGUAAGUUUCUAAAGUCACCUAGUAAAUGAUGGAGAAUUGAGAUUGGAACGGAGUAGUACAUCUCCAGAACUCUGAUACCCAGACUCCAAGAUGUCUCAAAAAAUUCUCAUCUGGUAUUCCCAGGCUUGUGUAUCUUCCUCCCAAAUUGGAUAGCUCUGACCUAUGAAACUAACAAAUAUUGUGACUCCCAAAGUUAAGUCAUAAAUGGUAUUCUGACUUCUGUUUCACUCUCUCUUAAAUCACUCUGGGGAAAGCCAGCUGCCAGAUACUGAGCCCUCGUGUAGCCCUACAAAGGGUGUCAUGUGCCAAGGAACGGAAGUCUUCUGUUGAUAGCCAAAACCAGCUUGCUAGCCAGGUGAGCCAUCUGGGAAUCUUCCAGCCCCAUUCUUCAGUGUAAGUCUACAGAUGACUAAAGUCCCAGCAAAUAUCUUGACUCCAACCUCCUGAGAGAGCCCAUGUUGAAACUACUGUUCCCUCAUCCUCAAAUUCCUGAAUCAUGGAAGGUGUGUGACAUAAUGAAUAUUUACUAUUAUUUUAAACCACUAAAUUUUGGGACAAUUUAUUAUGUAGCAAUAGAGUCUACACAAAAAUCGAUCUGUUAAAACAUUAUGCAAAGCUGCCACUGCAUAUAAAUUAGUGAUUAUGUGUAAAUCGAAAACCCUUACAUUUAUAAACAAAUUCAUAUAAUAUAAGGGGAAUGGAGAGGGAAAAGCAAAGAGAUAUUAAGGAAACAAUAAGUAUCACAGAUAAAGAGAGAAACUGAAAAACUGAAGAUACACAAAAAGGCCAAAUGCAAUGUAUUCAUUAAACCACCUCUUCCAAAGACAGUGGCCAGAAGUUUGAAUAAACAGAUGCUGAAAAGAUUGUUUUAAAAAAUGAUUAUAGGUUCAAUGUUAAACGGAGUAGAAAAGUUGUUUACAUCGCCGAACCUAAUGUAGCCUAUAGUAAACUUUAUGAAUAUGUUGCAAUAGUCUAAUUGUCAUAAAUUAAACAGGUAUAUUAUACUUAAAACAUGUUCCUCUGUUACUAAUUCUAUGCACAUCUGCCUCCUAAGGCCAAGGAAACUGAGAGGCAUAAGAAGGAAGAUGACAAAUCGUUUCUCAGAAAGAAACAUUUAAUACGGACUUAUAAAGAGAAGCCACGUCUCCUGACAAGUUGGUGAAUCUGCCCAUUCACCCUUACCCCAUCCCAGCCCCCAGGACUGAAAGACCAUAGAGAAUUUGCCUAAGGGCAGGAUUAUAGUAAGUAUGUAUUUACAAUAAUAAGAUUGUUUUGACCUUAAAGGCAGGAUUUAUGCCUGCCACCAUCACCAGCUGAUUUUUGUGUUUUUAGUAAAGACAGGGUUUCACCAUGUUGGCCAGGCUGGUCUCAAACUCCUGACCUCAGGUAAUGUGCCUGCCAUAGCCUCUCAAAGUGCUGGGAUUACAGGCGAGGCACUGCACCAGCCCAGCCAGUAUCCAGUUAAUUUUGUUUUCCAACAUUACUUAACAUUUAUCUUCUUCCCUCCCUUAAGUGUUACUAUGUUAUUAUUUUUUUUCCACCACUAUGGAGAAUCUAUAUCACAUUUUGGUAUUUUGUAUUUUUUCUUUUUACCACGUAUGAAAAGCAUUCUAACAUUGUGAAAUACUAAGAGAAUUUUGUUUUUUUGCAAAAAGUUGCAAAAAAAAAAUUGCAAAAAUAGUAUGUAAUGUUUCUUAUUGUCAACAACUGUUUUCCUCUAAUGUUAAUGUUUUACCUAGCCAUAUAUAAUGAUUGGAAAUAGGAAAGAGACAUUGGUAAAAUACUAACUAAACAUCAGACCUAUUCAAAUAUCACACAUUUUCCCACAAAUUUUUUUUUUUCUGUCUCAGGAUCCUAUUCUGCAUCUCACACUGAAUUUAGUCACUACUUGUUUCUUAGUCUCUUUAAGUCUGUAUUAGUUCUGCAAUCUGUUCUUAUAUUUAUGAUGUUCACACUUUUGAAGAGUGCUGAUCAGUUAUUUUGAAGAAUAUCCCUUGACGAAUUUCUUUUUGUUUCGGUGGAGUGAAUUAUGUGUUUUUCACAGGAAAUACUUCCAAAACGAUAAAAUGUCCUUCUCAAUGCAAUGAGUUCAUAAUACACAUAUGUCUCUUUACUUUGUGAUGUUUACCUUUGUUAGUUAAGGUGGCGAUUGCCAGGAUUCUUCAUUGUAAAGUUCAUUGUAUUAUGUAUAUAUUCUUUUGUACUUUGCCUUAUCACUUAAAUGUAUAUCCUGGAAUUCACUGUAUACUACUUUAUGGAAAUCAAAGUCAUUUUUGUAGCUGCAUAUUACUGUACUGUGUAAAUAUGUCCUACUUUUAUCCAACAGUUCUCUUAUGUAGGAACAUUAAAGUUGUUUGAAAUAUUUUACAAUUCCA